AUGCCAAGUGCCAAAUGCAUCGCUAUUUCCAAUCGGCGCUUCGACGGAGCACCGUCUGGGCGUGCGUGCAGCGUGUAUUUCGGUAAACGGGUCGCCGGGGUCGACGGCCGGGGCGUCGCGACGCUUAAUAAUACGACGGCGCAGGUGCACCCCGCCAGCGGAAGGGGGGGGCGAGGGGCAGAGGGAAAGGGCACAGGAGAU